AUGGAGGGGCCAUGCUUAAUCCUUCACACUAGCUUCUCGCACCGUUUUCAUUUUUGCAAAAGUUCGAUUCGAAAUUCUUCAAACUCUCACGACAAAUUCUUCGACGACAACGAUUGUAAUUCGAAUCCAUCAGAAUUAGCAAUCAUGGGUAUCAGCCGUGACAGCAGACAUAAACGCUCCGCCUCUGGCGCCAAGCGAUCCCAUUACCGGAAGAAGCGCGCUUUCGAAGCCGGAAGACAAGAAGCAGGUACCCGUAUCGGAACCAAGAGAAUCCAUCUCGUCCGUACCCGUGGUGGUAACCGCAAAUUCCGUGCUCUCCGUCUCGAAGCCGGUAACUUCUCAUGGGCCUCUGAGGGUAUUGCCCGUAAGGUCCGUGUGAUCGUUGUCGCUUUCCAUCCUUCCAACAACGAGUUGGUCCGAACCAACACCCUCACCAGAUCCGCCAUUGUUCAAGUCGAUGCUGCACCAUUCAGACAAUGGUACGAGGCACACUACGGCCAAAACUUGGGACGUAGACGUCAACAAAAGGCCGGCCAAGCUGUCGAGGAGCCAGACACCAAGAAGAGCAAGUCCGUUGAGAAGAAGCACCACGAGAGAUUCGCUGCCCAAGGAAAGGUUGACCCCGCUUUGGAGAAGCAAUUCGAGGCUGGUCGUCUUUACGCCGCAGUCUCAUCCAGACCUGGACAAUCUGGACGUGUUGAUGGAUACAUUUUGGAGGGAGAGGAGUUGGCUUUCUACCAACGCCAAUUGAGAAAGUAAAUCAUCUUCUAUGGGAUUUGGGAUGGGUUGUAUUUCAUUGGGAUUCAUGGCAUGGAGUUCCUGAUAUGGAAUCAUGCGAAAAAUGGUUCUCUACAAUAGGCUAUGAUGAAUUCAAAAGCAAUAAGAAUACCCCCUUUGCCAUUUGCUCGUACAAUUAAAUUAAGCA